AUGAUGCUGAGGUUUUUACACGUGACCCCUUUCUACAAGAAUUCGGUUUGGGAUACACACAUUGCUCAACCGGUUCAGCGUGGAAAUUUGGCCCCAGUUUCUAGACUUUUGCGAUACAUUAUGCUUAGGAGGACCAAGGAUAGUCACAUAUUUGAUUUACCACCCAUUAAUCACACCACUAUUAUUUUAGAUAUGCAUAAAGAGGUUAAGGAUGUUUAUCAAACUCUAUAUCAGAAUUUCUUACGGCAGUUUGGAGUUGAAAGGAAGCAGAAAUUUCAAGGUGGUGAAUUUUUCAAACAACUCACCAAUCUCCGGAUGACUUGCAACCACCCUCUUUUAUUCAGGCAAAAUGAACAGGGUGUUGAUGCAGAAAAUCAACCCAUUAAUCUCAUUGAGCAAAAACUGGGUAUAAAAUUACCGGAUGAAAGAAUUCAUAACAGCAAGGUAAGAGAUGCUAUUCCAACGGACUGGAAGCUUAGCCCAAAGAUUGCAUACUUGGUUCACAUGCUUCAGAAGAAAAAAUCACAUGGUGGUGGGAAGAGUGUUAUAUACACUCAGUGGAAGAGCUUUAUUGAUUGGAUCAUCAUGGCUUUUGACAACUCUGGCAUCACAUACCGUCAGCUGCAUGGGGACCAGUCCACCUUUGAGCGUACUUCUCAACUCAAUUCUUUCACCAAGGACCCAAAUGUUGAAGCAUUUGUAGUAUCAAUAGAGGCUGGUGGGGUAGGUUUGAACAUGACAUGUGCGGACGAGGUCUAUUUGAUGGAUGCACAUUGGAACCCUCAGGUAGUGCAACAAGCCGUGGACCGCCUUCACCGAAUUGGUCAGGCCAAGUCUGUCAGAGUAUUUCAUGUAGUUACUGGACAGUCAAUUGAGCAGCAUCUUUACAAUGUUCAGAAGAGAAAAGCUGCCCUGGCAAAAAGAGUGAUUACAUUAACUGUCCCUACAGAGGAAUUGGAGAAGGCUGAAGCACUGCGUGUGGAGGAGUUUCCAACAGGGGAUGUAUCAGAUUUGGGAGAUCCCAAUCAAUGCUACCGCAAUUAA